AUGGUUCGUAAGUAUGAAAUAUUAAUGGUUAAUGGAAAAGAACGCUUGAUAAAACCAAUACCAGAAAAUAAUAAUACUAUGCUUUAUUAUGUAUCAAAUGAAGAGCUUUUUGAUAUUCUUCAUACUACUCAUUCGUCUAUUGGACAUGGUGGGAGAAAUCGAAUGGUUGCGGAAAUAAAAAAUAAGCCUUUAAAAAGUAAACGUGCAGAGGAGAUUGCAUAUAAUUUACUUGACAUUUAUACGACCUUUGGCGCACCAGCUAUUUUGCAGUCAGAUAAUGGCCGUGAAUUCGUAAAUUCGACUAUAACUGAACUGCACAAUAUGUGGGAAGACGUCAAAAUUGUUCAUGGUAAACCGAGGCACAGCCAGAGCCAAGGUUCUGUGGAACGAGCAAAUAGAGAUGUAGAGGAUAUGUUGGCUACGUGGAUGGCAGAAAACAAUAGUACGGAUUGGCCCUCUGGUUUGAAAUUUAUUCAGUUUCAGAAAAACCGAGCUCUUCAUUCAGGUAUUGGAAGAUCUCCUUAUGAAGCCAUGUUUGGCUGUACUGCCAGAACAGGACUAUUAUCGAUUGGUCUACCAAAUGAUGAAAUAAAUUCAUUAAGAACAGAAGAAGAUGUAGAAGAAUUGUUAAAGCAAAUGCAAGAAACUGGAUUACACGAUUCAAAACAAAAUAUUGAAGAAGUUAUUUCACCGAUUUCAGAACAGCAAGAAAAUAUGAUGGAUACAGAUACAAACCUAAGAAAAUGUGAAAGAUGUUUUAUUUUCCUGGAAGCAGACAAUGAAAGUACAAAUUGCAUGAAUUGCCAACGUCAUGAGCAAAUACAGAAUGAACGACAUAAAUCAAGUGAAUGCUUAAAGAAACAAGCCAAAAAAAUGAUGACUAUUUCAAAUAAGAAAUUUACUCCGCUAGAAGUUGGUACCACAGUUAAAGUUUCAAUACCCGAUGUUGAUCGAGCACGUGGAUCGCCACGAAACCUAUUAGCAGUUAUUACCCAGGUUGAAGAUGAUUUAUAUAAAUUAGGUACAGAGAACGGCAUUAUUAAACAUUUGUAUACUCGAUCGCAGAUCGAUCCCUGCAAAGAAUGUUUCGUUGAUUUGGUAUCUGUAAAUACCGAAAAAGAAAUUACAUUGAGAGAAGCUGCAGGAUUUAGUAGUGUCACUGGAUCGCAAGGUUACAAAAGGUGUAAUUGCAAACUAAAGUGCAGAACAAACAAAUGCAUUUGUCGAUUAGCGGGAAUAUUAUGUAAUUCAAAAUGUCACAACAGCAUGCCUUGUGAAAAUAAAUAA